AUGAACACAUCGCUGCAAUUUUCUGCUCCCAAGCAAUAUCUUGCCAAUCAGGUGCCCACAUUUGUGCCUUGCAAACAAGCACAAUUGAAAGUACCAGAUAUUCCUCAUCUUCAAGUAUUUAUUCGUGUCCGAGAUGAUGGAGAAUUAGAUUUUGAUAGCGAGGUCAUGAAGAAAGUAACAUGUCUUGAACCAAGAAUCUCUCAAAAAGAAGUCUUUGAAAGAACCACUCUUUCUGUCUUUCAUUCCUUCUUUAGAGGUCUGAGUGUUCUCGUAUUUAGUAUAGGAGCUACGGGAACGGGUAAAACCUAUACGAUGAUUGGUGGAAAACCAGAGGAUCAAACCAUGAUGUUGUUUUCAAAUAAGAAUCAUCAUCCUCAUGAUAAAAGACAUCCCGCAAUGAUGACUCCCAACAACGUAGAUGAUCUUUCAUUGGAUGGAGAAAAUCGUGGAAUCAUUCCGAGAGCCUUUGAAGAAAUAUUUACACAAAUUGCACAACGAAAGGAAGAUAAUCUAAUGGUAACUGCCAGUUUUGUGGAAUUGUAUUUGGACAAUGCCUAUGAUCUCGUGAAUGAUUUCUCCGUAGCAGAAAGUAUGUCUUACAAGAGUGGACGAGAUAGUACAAUGUCUAUUAGUAGUUUUAAAUCUUCAUCGAGUUCUCAUUCACAACUCUCAAAAGAACAAGCAAAACAAUCACUUUCUAUUAAGGGUGGUACCAAUGAGAAUGGUUUCUUUGUGAGCGGAGCGAAAGAAGUGGAAAUUUGCAAUGCAACAGAAGGAAAGGCACUCGUUCGACAUGGAAUCCAAAAACGAAGGACAAGAGGUCACAAACUGAAUCAAGAAUCAUCUCGGUCACACGCCAUCCUCACCAUUAAGCUCUAUGAAAAACAAGAAGAGAAUGGAACAAUCAAGAAGACUGAAAUUAGCCGAAUGAUGAUUGCAGAUCUUGCUGGUAAUGAAAGACUCAAUGAAACUGAAAUGUCUGAUGCAUCAGGAAAACAAGAAUCGAUCAAGAUCAAUUCUGAACUUUCCACAUUUGCUCGAUGUAUUGCUUCGAUGGCAAAAACAGGAACUCCAAUUUCUGCUCGUGAAACUAAUUUAACAAAACUCUUGUUGGGAAAGACUGUGAAAGAAACGAAGGUGGUCUCCAUUCUAACCUAUUCUCCUCUUCGUCCAGACACCAGUACAAAAGAUUUUGCCAAGAAUGUCUUUAGUAUUUCGAAACCAUCGGCAGAUGUACAAAGUACUCUGAAUACAUCUUUGGUGUUAUCCUCCUCUAGUUCACAGCCGUCAAAAGAUGAUACAGAGCUUUUAAAACUCUACACAGAAAUGUUAGAAGCAUUGAAAGACGUGACGAUGGAAAGGCAAACAAAUGAACUCAACAUUAGACAAGAAGUACUUAAUCUUGUUUGUGAGUCUGUGAAUAGUCUUAAUUCUUCUCUGAAUGAGGAAUCUGAAAUCAAGAUAAAAGAAAUGAAAGACAAACUCGAUAUGACAAGACAACAUAUGGCCAGUUAUGUGAAUAGGAUGCAACAACAAUAUGAAACAAAAUUGAGAGAAUGCCAAAAGGCAUACAGAGAUCUUGCAAAAACGACCAGUACUAUUCGAAAUAAUUAUUUGGAUAAAUCAGAGAAAAUUGCACUCCUUCAAACCAAUAUACGAGAUUUAGAAGAAAGGAAUGAGAGAAUGGAACAAUUGCAUAAACAUUUGGAAGAACAACACGAGCAAUUGAAACAACAAUAUGAAAAUGAAAGCUUGAUCACUGAACGACUAAAGAGUGAAUUAGCGAGUCAAAGUGAACAAUUUAAAUUAGAAUUAGAACAACAAAAGCAACAUUAUGAGAAAAUUCUUGCUACCAAAACUCAAGAAUAUGAAUCUGAGAAGAAGGGACUUUUAGACAAACAUGAAAAUGAAAUUCAAAAGUACAUGACGAGAAUUACCAAACUGAAAACAAAGGUUGAGGAAAAAGAGGCCUAUGUAAAACAAGCGGUACAACUGAUGAAACAAUUUGAACAAGCAAAAGAAGAAGAAGAGCUUCAACGAGCAAAGGAAGAAGAGGAACUUCAACGAGCAAAUGAAGCACCUGAAAAGGCGUCACUUUCAUCAUCGUUUUUCGGAAAGGUUAAAUCCUUUUUUUCAUCAACAUCCAAAUCAGAAGAUAAGAUGGAUGCUACACCCAGACCUGAUCUUUCUGUUUGUACAAAUGAGCAAGAGAUUUUCGAUAAUUACACAGUCAAUGAAUUGAAGGUCUACUGUCGAGAGAACAAUAUUGAGACCAAAAAACAAGCCAAGAAGAAGGACUUUGUUAAGAGUAUUGCAAGAACCAACAAAGCUCGUAGAGACAUUGAGGUUGUAGAUCUCACCGAUGAAGAGGAAUCGAAUCAACGAAAGAGAAAGUAUGACCUCAGGGAUGAUGUUAUGGUGGAUGAAUCUCCUUCUAAGAAAAAUAAGAUGGAAGACGACGAAGAAGAAGUGGUGGUGAAAAAGAAAACAUCUACCAGACAACGAAAAAAGAAAUAA